CGUUCGGCAAAAUACCAAAACGCGAUAUUAUCGAUUGUUGUUAUCGAUUAGCAACAGUUAUUCGAUGCCAGGGCUGCACUAUCGCACUGAAAAUGUCUGUAACACUACACACUGACGUGGGUGACCUUAAAAUAGAGCUCUUCUGCGAUGCCUGUCCCAAGGCCUGCGAAAACUUCCUAGCCCUGUGCGCCAGUGAUUAUUACAGCGGCUGCGUCUUUAUCCGGAACAUAAAAGGAUUUAUUGUCCAAACUGGGGAUCCUACCAAUACCGGGAAGAAUGGACAGUCCAUUUGGGGCCAGAAAUUCGAUGACGAGUUCAAGGAAACAGUGAAGCACACCGACAGAGGAAUGGUUUCGAUGGCCAACAACGGACCCAAUGCCAAUGCCAGCCAGUUUUUCAUCACCUAUGCUGCCCAGCCAAAUCUUGAUCUGAAGUACACACUCUUCGGAAGAGUCAUAGAUGGAUUUGAUGCCCUGGACGAACUGGAGAAGCUGCCCGUCAAUCCCAAGAACUACCGUCCUCAUGUGGACAAGAAGAUCAAUGGAGUGACCAUACAUGCCAAUCCCCUGGCCGCGUGAUAAAUAAUAACACAUAUUUUCAAAAUGUACGCUUAAAAUGAAAUAUAUUUAUAGCACUUAA